AUUAUAAACGGUAGGUGAGACUUAUACUUUCAGAGCUGCAUUAUAAAACCCAUCCCUUUUCAUUUCUCCAACUCAAACCCACUUCACACCAAAUCACCACCAACAGCUAUACCACCCUCUCUAAUUUAACCAGACAUUUCGUCGAACACCUGCACUACACAAUUUUCUCCCCAACCUCAAAAGUUUGUUGAUCAAAAACCGAUAUGAAGAUCGAGGUGCGAGAAUCAACGAUGGUGAGGCCAGCGGAGGAGACGCCGAGAAUAAGAUUAUGGAACUCUAAUGUGGACCUGGUGGUGCCGAAUUUUCACACACCGAGUGUGUAUUUCUACCGGCCUAAUGGUGCUGCUAACUUCUUUGAUCCGACGGUGAUGAAGGAGGCGUUGAGUAAGGCGUUGGUCCCGUUUUACCCGAUGGGUGGACGGUUGAAACGAGAUGAAGAUGGUAGGAUUGAGAUCGAUUGUCAAGGACAAGGUGUGUUGUUUGUGGAGGCGGAGUCUGAUGGUGUGGUGGAUGAUUACGGUGACUUUGCGCCCACGUUGGAACUCCGGCGACUUAUUCCGGCGGUUGAUUAUUCUCAAGGGAUUGAAUCGUAUCCGCUGCUUGUCUUGCAGGUCACAUACUUUAAAUGUGGUGGGGUGUCACUAGGAGUUGGGAUGCAGCACCACGCUGCAGAUGGGGCAUCUGGGCUGCACUUCAUCAACACUUGGUCCGACAUGGCUCGUGGCCUCGACCUAACCAUCCCACCUUUCAUUGACCGAACCCUCCUACGUGCCCGCGACCCACCCCAGCCGGCCUUUGAGCACAUCGAGUACCAACCCGCUCCUCCUAUGAAAACCGCACCCAAAACCACAAACGACAAACAAGUUCCUGAAACCGCGGUAUCCAUUUUCAAGUUAACCCGAGACCAACUCAACGCCCUCAAAGCCAAAUCAAAAGAAGCCGGCAACACAAUCAGUUAUAGCUCGUAUGAAAUGCUCUCCGGACAUGUUUGGAGGUGCGUGUGUAAAGCACGUGGCCUUCCUGAUGAUCAGGACACCAAGCUAUACAUCGCAACUGACGGGCGGGCCCGCCUGCGCCCAUCGCUUCCGCCUGGCUACUUUGGAAACGUCAUAUUCACUACCACCCCGAUAGCAUUAGCCGGUGACUUACAAUCAAAGCCUACAUGGUACGCCGCGGGUAAAAUUCACGACGCAUUGGCAAAGAUGGACGAUGAUUAUCUAAAAUCUGCACUGGAUUACUUAGAACUGCAGCCCGAUCUAAAGGCGUUGGUUCGUGGGGCUCAUACAUUUGCGUGCCCGAAUCUUGGGAUUACCAGCUGGGCUAGACUCCCGAUCCAUGAUGCGGACUUUGGAUGGGGUCGGCCCAUAUUCAUGGGCCCGGGUGGGAUAGCUUAUGAAGGGUUGAGUUUCGUCUUACCGAGCCCAACUAAUGAUGGGAGCUUGUCGAUCGCCAUUUCGCUACAAGCUGAACACAUGAAGCUUUUUAGCGGGUUCUUGUAUGAUAUCUAAAAUGGCUUUUAUGUUGCUCAUUAUUCAUAAGUCAUAACACCUUUCCCAGACACAUUGUUGUAUGUGAGUGGAGGCUGAAACAGUUUUUAAUCGGCUUAUCGGUUUAUUACUUUUAUAUCAAUUCAAGCAAUUAAGUAUGAUCA